GAAGGAGCUUGCCAGCAUCGGUGUAAGGAGUUUUCAUCGAAUGAUAUUUCAAAAUGGCUGCCUCCAUGGAAAGCAUUAAUCGUCUGCUAGCAUCAGGGCAGUACCGGCCUUUGUUGGCUUUACUAAAAGGAUUCAGAAAUGGAGUUGUAUAUGGCGCGAAGGUCCGAUUUCCACAUGCCCUGGUCAUGACAUUUCUUUUCAAGGGAGGAAGACUGCAUGAUCAGUUCCGUUCCAUACUGGAGGCAACAUACACACAUUCGAGGAACCUGGGCCUGUUCGUGCUGGGUUACAAGUCCCUGACCACUGGCAUGAAGUGGGUGGAGACACAGAAGUCCCAGCACCACUCCUUCAUCUCGGCCUUCAUCAUCGGAUACCUGGUGUUCGGCAAAUACAACAAAGUCAACGAACAAAUCAACCUCUACCUGCUGUCCAGAAUUCUGUACGGCCUGAUGAAGCUAGGAGUGAAGCGAGGCUACAUCCCCCCGCCUAAGAAGGAUCCCUUCCCCAUUUUUGCUGCAGUUGUGUGGGGAAUAGUACUGUGGUUGUUUGAGCAUGAGAGAGACACUCUCCAGCCAUCUUUGAAAUCGUCCAUGACAUACCUGUAUGAUGACAGCAAUAAGUGGCGAGACUUCAGGGACUUUCUCCUUUAUAAUAAUGACAAAGCAUGGUAGUGUUUUGGUGCCAGAAAUAUGCUACACAUUAUUUGCUAGGGAUAUCAGCUGAAAAAAUAUUGUGUGUGUUAUUUUGUGAUCAGUGUUGAAUUUUUAUGUUGGAAAGGGUUUCAAUAUCUCAUGUUUGUAUAGAAGGGAGGCAACUAAAAUGUGGAUUUAUUGGCCAAAAUGUCUGUAGACUAUGGACGAUGCUUUUAGCCUGACCAUCUCAAUUAUCAAUAUUUUUGGCUUAACCUACAGCUUAAAAUAGGCCCUUAGCAACCUGUGUUGGUUGUAAGAGGCAAUGAGGUAGAUUGGAUGGUCAGGCUCGGUGACUUGGUUGAUGUUAUGUCAUCGUUUCCCAGUGGCAUAGAUUGGUUGUUCACAGUAUCAAUCACUGGAUUGUCUGGCCCAGAGUGGAUUCUUUACAACCAGCAUAUUGCCAACAAAAGCAACUAUACCUGUUGUAGGUUUUGCCAGAGUGGUAAAAGUUGCAUUUCUAUGACCCAAGGGCUUUCCUCCAUAUUAAGCUGCCAUCAUAUAACUGAGAUACCAUAAAAAGUGCCAUUAUACAGGAAUUAACUCAGGACUUUUGUGAAGUACAGAUUUCUAUUUAGCUGGUAUCCCUGGCAACCGAUGUGUUGUAAAUACAUAUAACAUGUACAUUUGAGGAGAUAAAAGGUGUAUAUACUACAUACAAAUGAAAAAAUAAAAUGGUUUCAGAGA